AUGACGCCAAGAUGGGAGGGGACACUGCCGCAGUCGGAAGCGUUGAAUGCAAUGUGCGAGCGAAUGUUGCAAGGACGGACGAAGGCAGCGAACGAAACAAUGCACGGGGUUCUGAGAAAGAUCAAGACGUGUCGAUGGGAUGGAAACAAAGACCGGGCCGGCUGUCGAUCGAGGGGUGGAGCCGAGAAGCGAGAGACAGGCGAGUGGGUGGAUCGACGAGGAGAUGGACGAGAUGACGAUGAGAAGAAGAAGAAGAAGAAGGCGAUCGAAAUCGAGAUGGAGAUGGAGAUGGCGACGAGUGGAUAA